AGAGUGCCGAAAAUUAUUCCUUACCCUCUUGAAGCCUCCAAUUCUCCGCACGAUCAUCCCUCUAGGGAUACUUCUUUCCCUGCAUAGUGCUAUUGGUGCUCAUCACAUGAUUGUGCUUAGCGCUGGUUGCACUCACAUAACCAACCUUGAGCAAGCCAGCAAAGUGCUACAGCCCUGUAGUACAACUCACACUACUUACCCUGGCGUAAAUUCUCGCUCAAAAUGGCUGCCUUGGAUACAGCGUUCUACAUCAUACCUUUCAUACAUUGGGGCAUGAUCGUCUCAUUGUUCAUUGUAUCGGGCAUAGCAUGGUCCUUCAACCUGUGGGUCGUGCCAAUCAUUAAGCUGAACCCAUCAAAAAGCGCCAUCGCACAGCUGCUGGAGACAUCCCGACGCGGCGGGGCUUGGCUGGAGCCAUUGAAUGCGAGCUUUGCAUUCUUGUUCGGCAUAACGGCUGCUCUGCUUUCGCAACACUCUGAUACAAGUGUAGCUUCACAAUGGAAGCCGUUUGCGGCCUCGUUUGCUACGUUGCUUCAGGUAGCAUGGUGGGAAAGAGUGAUGAUCUUUCCGCUUGAGGAAUCGAUUGCGAAUCUAGGAAAGGGCAAGGAAAAGAGCGGGGGUGCCGAAGGAGCCUGGAUGGACCAUGAGACCAGUAAGGUCCUGCACAAGUCUCUGGAUGAGUGGUCUAGAUGGCAUGCAGUUCGCGCAACGCUGCCGUUGAUCGGCUCGCUGAUCGCAUUUGUCACGAAACUACAGAAUGGGGAUUGACUCGAGGAUUGUGGAAAUGUAAAUGGACAGCGGAGAAUGUCUCAAUGACAUGUGUACGCUGAUCGAAACGAUAGUGAGAGUGUAAGCAGGGGGUAGUCAUGGAUUCUGGUUAUCCAGAGCACCCAAAGGAUGUAGAUAAAGAGUGGAGAACAGCUGAAUAGCUGAUGAUCGCAUUAGUUCAAGCCUGCAUGACGAUGAUAUCACAUAGCGGCUUAGCAUAAGCACAAUGAAAUACGAGUAAUAUUAGCGAGAAUGCCA